AUGGGAAUCUUCAAGUCACGUCCGGCUUCUGAAGACCAACAUCAUCGCCUUCUUCAAACGAUGGAUGAUGGUGAUGUCUCGAUGACUUACGUUCAGAAGCAACGGAGUAGAUGUGCAAUCUUUACGUCCUGGUUUGGUUCCUUCGUCUUUGGAGUUCUGGCAUCUUCCCUCGUUUUCGGAUUACUUAUCAAACAAGGCCAUUUGAUCGUCAGGCAUUCAUACUCGUUUCGAGACACCGACCCUCUGCCUCAUGUACCACAGGAGACCAUACUGUUCGAAGCUGACCCAGUGUACUCGGAGCGAGCAAACGACGAUACAGACUAUGCCUGGAACAUGCUAUUACCUGUAAGUCGGCACGAUAUUCUCGCAAGUGGGUGGCUCCUGAGAAUAGAACAGCAAGGACGAGGCUUCGUGUACGUUUCAGACGCAGAGUCGCGUGGACUACCACCUGGCCAGCAGACUAAGCAUGGCCCCAUCUAUUCUGUAUCCAUGUAUCACCAGCUCCACUGUCUUGCAAGGCUUCGCAAGAUGCAGUGGAUAAUGAUAGACGGAGUAGCCAUCCUCUGCGCUGGAGAUAUGACACUGGAGUGGCCGAAACAAGAUGGGCCUUCGUCGGGAAUUGCUGUUGAUGGCUGGGGUAUCCCGCAUACUUGCAAGUCCAAGGUCGCGAUCGAUGACUACAUGGACCGAUAUCAUUAUAACGAGAGCAUGUAUUUUGAUGCAGCAGGACGAUGA